AUGACGCUCUUUAUCCUUACCGAGACCAGCGCCGGCUACGCGCUCCACAAGGCGAAGGACAAGAAAUUACUCAAGCAUGACCUCCCGGAAGAGGCACACACGGCCGAGGGCAUUUGCAGCUUGCUCAAGCUCAAGUCCUUCUCCAAGUUCGAUUCCGCAGCCACGGCUUUAAACGAAGCUGCGGCGCUCACAGACGGCAAGGUCACACCCAUGCUCUCAUCUCUCCUAGACUCUCUCAAAGACGAGAAGAAGGCCUCUCUAGCCGUAAUGGACCCAAAGCUGGGCAACGCGAUCAAGAAGCUACCACAACUCUCCAUCACACCGAUUUCCGACGCAUCUACCGCCGAUCUGUUCAGAGCUAUCCGCAGCCAUCUACCGAGCCUGAUCGCCGGCCUGACACCCAAAGAUAUCGACACGAUGAGCUUGGGUCUCUCGCAUUCCCUAUCACGACAUAAGCUACGAUUCUCUCCCGACAAGGUCGACACUAUGAUCAUACAAGCUAUCGCAUUACUCGACGACCUAGACAAGGAGCUCAACACAUACGCCAUGCGGGUGAAGGAAUGGUACGGCUGGCAUUUCCCCGAGGUCGCCCGUAUCAUCAACGACAACGUCGCAUACGCAAAAGUCAUCCUAGCCAUGGGCAUGCGCACCAACGCCUCGAAUGCGGACCUGACGGAGAUUCUGCCGGAGGAGAUUGAGGCGGCUGUGAAAGCGGCCGCAGAAGUCUCCAUGGGAACCGAGAUCACCGAUGAGGAUCUGGAGAACAUACGUGCUCUUGCUGAGCAGGUCGUUAGCUUCACGGAAUAUCGCGCACAACUUGCAAAUUACCUCGCCACACGCAUGCAGGCGAUUGCGCCGAAUCUCACGACUUUGGUCGGCGAGCUUGUGGGUGCGCGUCUCAUCGCGCAUGCCGGUAGCUUGAUGAACUUGGCCAAGAGCCCCGGCUCGACCAUUCAGAUCUUAGGCGCAGAAAAGGCGCUAUUCAGGGCUCUGAAAACGAAGCACGACACGCCCAAAUACGGCCUGAUCUACCAUGCCAGCUUGAUCGGCCAAGCAACCGGCAGAAACAAAGGCAAAAUCGCCCGCAUGCUCGCCUCAAAAGCCGCCCUCGGCCUGCGCGUCGACUCCCUCUCCGACUGGGGCCAGUCCGGCGAAGGCAAGCUGGCCGAGCCAACCGAGGAAGAGAAGCGAGCAGUGGGCGUCAACGCGCGCCUGACCAUCGAGCGCCGGCUGCGCAACCUCGAAGGCAAGCCGCUCCGCCCGACCGGCGCGGCGAUCGGCCCCGGCGGCCAGGCCAAGCCGGGCAAGUGGGAGGUCAAGGAGGCGCGAAAGUACAACCCUGAUGCGGACGGCUUGGCAGGCGAUGAGCCGGCGGCCGCGGCGCAAAGUGCUCCUCCGGCGAAGACGAAGGAUGUGAAAAUGGGCGAUGCGGAUGCGGGGGCUGAGGACGAUGACGAGGAGGAUGAAGACGAGGAUGAGGAGACGGAGGAGUUGAUCACCAAGACGCAUCUUAAUGGCGAUGCGGAGAGGGAGGUUGUGAAGGCGGAUAAGAAGCAGCAGAAGCAGGCGGAGAAGGAUGCGAAGAUUGCGCGGAAGUUGGCCAGGGCUGAAAAGAGGGAGCGGAAGGAGGCGAAGAAGGCGGCUAAGGAGGCGAAAAAGGAGGGCAAGGAGGCCAAGAAAGAGAAGAAGGAAAAGGACGAUGGGGAGAGUGGGAGGAAGAGGAAGAGGGAGGAGGCGGAUGGUGAGGAGAAGAAGAAGAAGAAGAAGAGCAAGGCGUGA